UUUGUAUAAACUACAAUGGGUAUAUAUUUUGUUGUGUUUGCGGCAGAUAAGAAGGUGAUUCAUUCAAGUGGAGUGAAGCAGAUGGGGGGAAGCCAUGCACAUGGGCAUGACGAACCAUAUUACCUUCAUGCUAAGCAUAUGUACAACCUGGAUAGGAUGAAAAAUCAAAAGCUGAAGAUGUCUCUUGGUGUUUUCACAGCCUUUAGCAUUGAUGUUAUCGUUCCCGUAUAUGCCGUAAUUUUUCAGCAGAAAAAGACUGCAUCUGGCUGAAAUCUGGUGAUAGGAUGG